AUGUUUUCUACGCUAGUGCCCGUGGCGUGCCGGACGGUACGGGAUACAUUGGACACAACACUUGGAAGCCCUCUUUUCCAUUUCAGGGCCACUUUGUCCCCCAGGCCCUAUUGUCCCCCCCCCCCCCCCCGGUGGACUUACAUGUUGGUUUUUGUGCAUCCUUAA